AUGGCUAAUCGUUAAUAUCAAUAAAUGAAUCCUGAAGAAAACGCAAAUUACUAUUAAGAAUCCUGCAAGCUUUAUUUAGCUAACGUUCUCCUAACAUGCUAAUUAAAGGAAUUACUCAACGAAAAGAAUGAACUCCUUGAUAAAAUUGAAAGAUUGGAGAAAUCAUAAAAAAGAAGAACUGCUGAAGAAAGCAACAAUGGUAUUUAGGGUGGUGGAUCCAAUAGCAAUUUUGCAAAUGACAAAAAAAGAAUAAGAAGAGCAGCCAGUCAAAUUGAAAGAAACUACAGAUGUCCUGUCGCGAACUGUGAAAAAAGUUAUGGAUCUGAAAACUCUUUGAUAUAGCAUGUAAAGAUUAAACAUCCCGAAGCAGACAUAAAAUAAGUUAUCAGCCAAAUAAAUAUGUAAUUCACUAAAAAUAAAUAAAUAAGUAGUUGCUUAACUAUACAAUUUAUUUUUAAAAUAUCUUUUAAUCAUUUAGUACUACAUAACAAUAAAGCUAACAAAAUACUAACAUUUAAAAUGACGACUAAAGUUAAGACUAUGAAAGCUCACAGUAAUAAAAAAAAUAGAAAAAUAAUGAGCGUGAAGAUGAUGAUGAUGAGGAGGAUGAUGACGAUGAAGAUGAUGAAUGAGUUGAGUUACGAAGUUGUAGUUAGUUAGUAGACUUUGCUAAAAGUAGUCUACAAACACAUCCUUCUAAUUUAAUUCACUUGCCUUACACUUUGCAACAAAUCUUGUCCUUAAUAUAAAACAAAUUACUAUAAAAAAACUGUUUAAUAGCAAGUCUCUAUUGAAUUAAAAUUAUAUAAUAAAAAAUAUUUAACAGACUUUUACUUAAUUUUGGGAAUAGAUAAAAGAUUUCUCAUGGUAAAGUAGAAUUAAUUACUUAUUCUUAAUAUUGCGAUUUAAUUGCACUCAAUAUUUACUCACUUUUUAUAUCAUUCGUUUGUUUGUUUCUUUGUUUAUCUUUCUAUUUUCCUUAGAUCGAUUGAUUCUUCAUUUAUAAUUACAAAAAAUAUUAUAUAUCUUAAACUUUAAAUUCAUUCAUUUAUGUUUGAUUAAUUUCCGAAUUAUUUUUGA